AAUUUUAUGAAAAGGGUUAUUAUGUAGAAAAGGGAUUACAAAUUCUUAUAGGUUAUUGGGUCAGGCUCAUUCGCCAAAGUUUAUUUAGCUGAGAACAGCAAAAACUAAUAAUUUGCGAUAAAAGUAAUUCCGAUAGAAUUAGAUGGUUCGCAGAAGUAACUGCAGUAUUUUGAAUAAGAAAUCCAAAUUUAUAAAAAUAUUAAGAAUGAUAAUGGGGUAUCAUUUAUAAAAAUAUUUAGAACGAAAAUGUAGUGGCUUUGAUAGAAGAAUUUAGAGAAGAUCUAGAGAUUUAUUGCGUCUUUGAGUUUUGUAGGAAUGGGGAUUUAAAUAAUUUACUUAAAAAUAGUAAACUCGAGGAAGAUGAAAUCAAACCUAUAUUUAUUGAAAUAUUAAAAGGAAUGAAAUACAUACACUAAAAGGGAAUAGUUCACAGAGACUUAAAAAUUGAUAACAUUUUGAUUGAUGAAAAUAAAGUUGUGAAGAUUGCAGACUUUGGAUUUGCCAAGUAUUACAAUUAAAAUGAUGUCUUAACCUCUUAUUGUGGAACACCAGCAACAAUGGCUCCAGAAGUUCUAAAGUAACUAAAUUACAAAUAUGAAGUUAGGAGGAAUAUGAUUAUAAAUGUGAUAUUUGGUCCUUAGGUGUUAUACUGUACUAUAUGAUAUAUCGUAAAUAUCAUUUUAGUUCUAAAGUAAGGAGCUUAAUGGAUUUAGUUAGAGAAUUAUAAAAUUUUAAAGUAUUUUUUUCCAUAGAAUUAGAUAAAUUUUGAUGAUACAGUGUUAUAAUUAUCCGAUGAUGGAAAAGACUUAUUAAGUAGAAUGCUGGAUUCAAAUAAAAUAACAAGAAUUGACUAUGAGCAAUUGUUUUGUCACCCUUGGUUAUAAGGAGCUCUAAAUGACAAUGUGAAAAAUUCCAAGAUCGUUAUAAAUAAAUUGUUUGUAAAAUAGGAACACAAAUUAUUGGGAGGAAUUGUUAGAAAAUUUAGGUUUUUAAAAGCAGAAUACUUAGCCAUACUUGGCCAAAUAUAGUAAUUAUGUAAAGAUGAGGCUGUUAUAUCACAUUUUGCCAAUUUACAUAAAUUAAUAGAUGAAGAAAAACAACAUGUAUCAUGUUAUUUUUUAAUACUAGAUCUAAUAUAUAAGUCAAUCCAUGCUUGUAAAGUAAAAUGAUUCUAUUAUUGAUUAUAAAAUUGAAACCUAUAAAACUUUAGAUGAAGUCUACAAAAUUAUUUAAUAUGAAAAUUUAGAUAUGGUCAAAAUAGAAAGCGAACUUAUCAAUUUCUUAAAUAAUUACCGUCUGUCUAAUUACAUAAAAAUCAUAUUGAACGGAAAUUAUACUUAGGAGGAACUUGACAAUAUUCAAUAAAGUAUCGUAGAAGUAGAUCUGGACUUGGACUUAUAGGAAUUAAAACAUUUAUUCAAAUUGGAAACCAAUCAAAUAGACUCAUAAUUGGAGUGCCGUGUUGAUUUAUGGAAUCAAGGACGCCAACUUAAAUGUAUGGGAUAAUCAAUCUAAUAGUCCCAUUAAUAGAGGUUAGAAAGACCCUCUAUUUAAAUGUCAUUUUGA